AUGGACUAUUAUGAAGAGAACCCCAACCAGCUUCAUUACGAGUCACUGAACAAAGACUCAACUACAGAGGGAAUGAACAUGCACAUGCCGCAAGUUCCUGGCCCUAUAACUAGUUGCCAAAACGGGUUUCCAUUUGCCUAUCAACCCGGAGCCCUCCUUAGUCUCACUGACGGCACCUUUGUAAAUUCUGAGGCCUACAUAUCCUCAAUGCCAUUCUUUUCCUACGGCUCAGACACAAUUGAUUCAAACUUCGGAAUCCAAGCCCCAAGAGAAUACCUGAUGAGACCGAGUGUCGUCCCCAGGACAAACAUGACCUAUAAUGCGGCUCCUAGCUUGUCUGGUUUGGGCACAUAUUCCACCGUCCCUGGUUACUUUAGAAGGCCCUCGUUGACGCCUAUCUCAAGUACUGCAACUACAUCUCUCGCGAGUCCAGGCAUUCCUCCAGCCUCCCUCGCUACUCUCCUAUCGCGUCAAAAUCAACAAAAUGAAGAGUCUCGCCCAGAGACCUUGACAGCCCCUUUACGGGCCACUAAGUCUUGUACCACUCGGCGGAUCGAAGAAGAUCGGGCCUUGUUGGAAUACAGAGAGCAGGGGUUGAGUUAUGCGGUCAUCAAGAAAAAGCUAAGGUCGAACGUUGCCGAGUCAACUCUGCGUGGUAGACACAGACAGCUUACCUUGGCGCCGAAGGACCGGGAAAGGAAACCGUCAUGGACUGAUAAUGAUGUCGGUCUUUUACUCAAGGCCGUCCCGCUUUACCGGAAACCUUCCGGCAAGUCCAAGGUCUUUUGGGAGCGCGUAGGACAAUACAUCCUGGAUCAUGGAGGCUCUCGAAAAUUCUCAGGCAAGACUUGCCAUGCGAAAUAUAGAGAGAAGACAGGGAGAGACUACUAG